AUGCAUGCGUUCACAUUCCAUCGGCAAACUGAGCCUGAGACCCAGGAGAUUUCUCGAGCUGCAGAGGUUUUUCAAACAACUCUCCAAGUCCUGAAGAACAGAGUAAAACAGAGAUAUAAGAGGGAUUACAGGGUAACAGAGCUGUUGUCAGGGGCGGAUUUGGACCUGAUUACAGAGCUGUCUGAGUGUCCGUCUGCAUUACAUCCAGUCAGCUGUCAGCCCAGUCAUCUCAGCAAGUACCGCACCAUAACAGGAGUCUGCAACAACAGGCAAAAUCCUCGCUGGGGAGCAGCCAACACCGCCUUGGUCAGAUGGCUUCCAGCUGAAUACGAAGACGGGGAGAAAGAACCCAAGGGUUGGAACCGAGAACGGCUCUAUAAUGGAUUCCAACUUCCCCUGCCUCGGACGCUCAGCAGGGAGAUCGUCAGGAGCGCCUGCAAAUCGAACGACGAGGCCUAUUCUCAGCUGCUGGUGCACUGGGGCCAGUACAUUGACCAUGACAUCACCAUGACCCCUCAGAACAGCGCCUCUCCAGUUCGAACAGGGAAGGACUGUUCGAAUUCGUGUAAAAAUGUGGAGCCGUGCUUUCCCAUUCAGACACAAGACGCGUGCUGCGAUGCACAAGGCUGUAUUCCUUUUUUUCGCUCCACACCAGACUGCUUUGUCAAUCCUCAGUAUGAUACACAACAAGCCUUGCAGCGACAACAGCUCAAUGCUAUCUCUUCAUUCAUUGAUGCAGCGCUGAUUUAUGGAAGCACUCCACACCUUCAGAGCUUCCUGCGUGGCCCUAAUGGGAAACUUGCCGUCAACAACGCAGUCAGAGAUCCUAAAAAAAGGCCGUACCUUCCGUAUAUGCCCAUGCUGCCCACAAGCUGCCUCCAGAACCUACAGGAACCACACUGGGACAGAGUGGAGUGUUUCAUCGCCGGAGACGUUCGGGUCAACGAGGGUCUGCCCCUGACUAUUUUGCAUACGCUGUUCCUCAGAGAACACAAUCGGAUCGCAGAGGAGCUGAAACACAUUAAUAACCACUGGAACGCGGAGACGAUAUUCCAAGAAACCCGCAAGAUUAUUGGCGCUGUGCACCAGAUCAUAACAAUGAGAGAUUAUCUCCCAAAGAUUAUUGGCUCGGAGUCAUUCCAAGAAUUCAUCGGACCCUACAGGGGAUACGAUCCGACUGUGAACCCCUCCGCCGCCAAUGUGUUUGCCACAGCUGCGUUCAGGUUCGGCCACGGUACCGUCUCCCCGAUCCUCCCGAGACUGAACGAGAGCUUCCAGGAGCACGAGCGCUUCUGCCACUUGAGAAUGCACGCUACUUUCUUCAGUCCGUGGAGAAUAGUCAACGAAGGUGGGAUUGAACCAAUCCUGAGAGGUAUGAUUGGAAGUGCAGCAUCAGUUGCUAGCUCAAAAAUGCUGGUGGCAGAGGAGGUAACAGAGAGGCUGAUCCUCAUGAAUUCAGUCGAGCGCAUGGACCUGGCUUCAAUGAACAUGCAGAGAGGACGAGAUCACGGCCUCCCAGGAUACAACGACUGGAGGAAAUUCUGCGGAUUGAGGCGCGUUAGGACAUUGAAAGAUCUCGCAGAGGUUGUGGGAGACUACAGGGUUGCUGAGAAGGUACUAAACAUAUACAAACAUGUGGACAAUAUCGAUGUUUGGCUCGGAGGACUUCUUGAAAGCUUGCUGCCCGGCGCAAGGACUGGUCCUCUCUUUGCUUGCCUUAUUGGAAAACAGAUGAAAAUGAUCCGUGAUGGUGAUAGGUUUUGGUGGAGUGCUGAGGGUAUAUUCACCCAGCAACAGAAGAAUGAGCUUUUACAAUUUUCUCUGUCUCGUCUCAUCUGUGACAACAGCGACGUCGGGGAAGUCCUCCCCGAUUCUUUCCAACGUGGGACAUACCCCUGUGAUUAUGUCUCUUGUGAUCAUAUACCAUCAAUGAAUUUGGAGGCUUGGCGAGAAAAGAGACUAGACUUGCAACAGUGUGCCUACCCAGGAACGAUAAAGAACGGGGAUUUUGUUUUGUCCACCACAUCUGGCAAACUGGUGGCUUUGUACUCCUGUUCCCAUGGUUUCAAAUUAAAAGGUAGUGCUGCGAUUGUUUGCGAGGGAGGUCGGUGGAAUGGUCAACCCCCACAAUGUACAG